AUGAGUGAAGAAACAGAAGCAAAAGCAGAAGCAGAGUACUUCUGCAAAGACUUCGAGUGGGAAACACUAAAACAAGAAAUAGAAAACAACCCUUCUUGUCAAUACCACUUACUCCCUUUCACUUCUCCUCCUUCUCCUUCUCAACAAGAAGCAGUUCAAGAAAGUGAAGAUUCAAAAGCAUGGCAAAGGUUCCAUCUUUGCCAUUCCUCUGGCAAAUUCUUUAAGGAGAGAAGGUAUUUGUUGAAGGAAUACCCUGAGUUGGUUUCUUGUAAAGAGUUUUCAAAGGUUUUAGAAAUUGGCUGUGGCAAUGGCAGUUCUGUUAUUCCUAUCUUACGUGGCAACAAGGACAUUAUUGUAUAUGCUUGUGAUUGUAGCAGUGAGACUCUUGAGAGGGCUAAAGAGAUUGUUCAUUCCACUAAUAUAUUCAUAGUCCAAAACCGUUUCCACCCAUUCUUUUGUGAUUUUGCUUUUACUGGGUUUCCAAAAUGGUUGGUUUGUGAUUCUUGCAAAGAAAUUUUUUCACUGAAACAGCAACAAUGCUCUGCAGAGGGUGGCGUGGCAGAUAAGAGUGGCUUAUAUUUGUCUAGAGAAUGCGGCUGUUGCAUUGGUGGGGUUGAUUUUGUUACUUUGAUAUUCACACUAUCAGCAGUGCCCCUAAAAAGAAUGCCCACAGCCAUCAUGGAGUGCUUUUCUGUCCUGAAGCCUGGUGGCCUGCUCCUUUUCAGGGAUUAUGGGCUCUAUGACAUGACUAUGCUGCGAUUUGAGCCGGAAAAGAGAGUGGGGUUCCGAGAAUACAUGCGAUCAGAUGGAACUCGUUCUUAUUUCUUCUGUCUGGAUACUGUUAGAGAUCUUUUUGUGGGUGUAGGAUUCGUUGAGCUUGAGCUUGAGUAUUGUUGUGUCAAGUCUGAGAAUCGCCGUAAAGGGAAGAGCAUGCAGAGGAGAGAUGAUGAUGAAGAAGAAGAAGAAGAAAAGGCAAUUUUGGUGGUGAAGGAGGAAGCUUUUGACCCCAAUUAA